GCCGUCGAAGAAGAAACACGUGAAUCGCGCUAGGGUGAGACAAGAUGGCGGUGGUGGUGCGGAGCUUGCAGGACCAGCUCGAAAAAGCGAAAGAAAGCUUAAAAAAUGUGGACGAUAAUAUUCGCAAACUAACCGGACGUGAUCCAAAUGAGUCCAGACCGGGUCAAAUUCGCCGGCUCGGCGGCCCCUUGGCCGGCGUGGGAGGAGGUAGAGGCAGAGGGCUUAACUUGCUGAGGCGCAGUCUCUCUGACAUUGGAAGCGGUGGCCCCCCUGCCAAGCAAAGAGACAUUGAUGGAGCUUUGCUGAGACUGGCAGGAGACCAGAGGGCCAGGAGAGAUGUGCGACACGACAGCGAUGCCGAGGAUGAUGACGAUGUCAAAAAGCCGGCAUUGCAGUCGUCUGUAGUAGCUACCUCCAAGGAGCGAACACGCCGAGACCUCAUCCAAGAUCAGACCAUGGAUGAAAAAGGGAAACAGAGGAAUCGGCGUAUGUUUGGCCUGCUAAUGGGGACCUUGCAAAAAUUCAAGCAGGAGUCGAACGUCUCCACUGAGAAGCAAAAACGACGGUCGGAGAUUGAGCAGAAGCUGGAGGUUCAGGCAGAAGCGGAGCGAAAGAAAGUGGAGAAUGAAAAGAGAGAGCUGUUUGAAGAGAGGAGAGCGAAACAGACUGAGCUGAGACUCCUGGAACAGAAAGUCGAACUGGCUCAGCUGCAAGAAGAGUGGACAAGCCACAAUAAUCAGCUGGUGAAAUACAUUCGCACCAAGACACAGCCCCACCUCUUCUAUCUGCCUGGAAAAAUGUGCUCUGCCUCACAGAAACUCCACGAUGAAUCCACCAAGAAACUGAAUGCUAUUUUUGAAGAGAGGCGUGAGGCUUUUGCUGAACACCUCAGUAAAAUGGAGUCUCGCCCCCGAAGACCACCAAACCGCGACCAGGACAGCAACACAGGAGUGGACCGUCCGGUGGAGGGUAAGCCAGUAGGUCAGCUAGUGAAGGUGACAGGUAACAGGGCAGAUGUAGAGAUGGAGGAAGAGGAGGAUGAAGAGGAGGAGGAAAGGGAAAAGGAGGAAAGUGGAAAGGUAGCAAAGGAUGAUGGGGGUGAGAGGGAGGAAGAAGAAAUAGAAGUACAGAAAAGGGCAGAUGAUGAACGGGAAAGAAUGGAGCUUAGUGAGGAAGGCAGCGGAGAUAAGAAGGAGGUAGAGGAGAGGGUGGAAGACAAUGGUGAGCAGAAGGAUAAGAGGGAGGAAGAGCCAAGUCCAGGGUCAGAGGAGAUGGAGGUAGAGGGGGAGCAGGGGAAUAAUGGAAAGGAAGACGAAGGGGGAAAAAAAGUAAAACAAGAGCCAACUGCUCUUUACAUUGAGAAUACCCAAGAUGCCCAGUCCUCCGAACCAACCAUACCCAGCCAGGAUGCAGCAGAGACCAAUGAGCAGCCCCAGUCUAGUCCCCCUCUGGGGGAGACAGCGGUGAAGGCUGUACAGUCACCUGAGCUUCAACGGGCUUCACCAAACCCAGAACCCCAGACUGUCGCUGCAGAGUCAGGACAGAAUGUCAGCACAUCUGGCCAGGAGGGUCAUGACACAACAAACGAGUUCAAGGUGAAAAAAGAGCGAUCAGAGGACGAAUCAGAGGCCCCAGUGAAGCUGCCUGAUUCCCAGGAAACCCUGAGCACCACACCUGCUCUGUCCAUAAAGGAAGACGAAGGCCUGAGGGGGAGGAAGAAGGUAAGAGAGUCGAGGAAGAGCAGCAGCCGUAGUAACAGCUCCUCUGGCUCAUCCUCCGGCUCGUCCUCCAGCGGUAGCUCCUCUUCAUCCUCCGGAUCAAGCCACUCUUCUUCUUCCUCUUCAUCCUCUUCGUCAUCAUCAUCCAAAAGCAGCAGCCGAAGUCGCAGUCACGACACCGAUAAGCGCAAGAGAAGGCCAUCGGAUAGGGACAGAAAGAAGGAUGACCGGAGUCACCAAAAGAGAGGAGGAAGUGGUGGCGGAGGAAGGGACUCGAAGGGAGUGAAGGAAAGAAGGAAGAGAAGUGAGGAAGGAAGGGGAAGGUCCUCUCGCAGUGACAGGGAGCAAAAAGAUAAAGACAGGAAGGACAAGAGGCGCUAAUCUGGCUGCUGAUUUGUUGAAUGUCCUCAGUUGAUGCAUCUUUUAAAAGUGCUUGUAAAAAACAAAAGUCUGUAAAAUUCAGACUGUUUUGAAAGUUGUCGUUCUAGUGGAUUUUGUCUGAUUUCCAAGUUCAUCUCUAAUGUUAACUGAAAUCUAUCUCAUGUUUGCUGGACGUUUUGGUCUCGAUGCACCUGGCUGUUUGUCACUGGGCUCCUGGCUCAGGAGCCUCUGACAGGGAAAAGAAACAAUUCCCUGUCAUUUUUUUAAUACAAAUUUGAUCAAUCUGACAGUGACAUGAAGUUGUUUAAGUUGAUGUGACAACAUAGAACUCCCAUUUGAUGUCACUGCCUUUCAUUUGGAUACAUGUGAUCGCUUACUGCUUUUGAAUCACUUUCAUCUUUUAUAUUGUCUGAUCUAAAAUAAAGUUGAGUUAUUAGUUGUAA